AUGAAUCGUGGUCGUCGGCGCGGUGGUGUAAGCUCCGGAUUCAGCAGUCUAAGGGACGGUGUUAAGCGGCGUCUAUUCGACCCCCAUACUGUUCCCGUUUCACCCGACCCUCAGUCCGUGAUAAGCCGUCUUAUUCCGUUACCUUCGGUCCCUCCGAAAAUCGAUUCCUCUUUUCCUCUGUCUCAAUCCCAAACUGGGGCAGCGGAGCCGACCCGGCAAGAGUGUUUUCGGGCCCAGAUGUUCGAAUUGCAAACGUUCGCAGACUUCAUUUUUGAGAAUGGGCCGGAUUUCCAGCAAGUAGGAAAAAAGAACGAUGCCUUUCCGCUGCUUACCUUGGACAGGAAACGUUCAAAAUCUAAAAAGGAAACUGUGCGAAACAUCACCACCUCACACCUCCUUCUUCAGCAUCGUGAAAUCGAAAUGUGGCGUGACGGGAUCCUUCUCAGUAGUUUUUCAAAUCCAACUGAUUGUCCCUACGUUUUCGCACAGUUACUUGCUGAUAUUAUGAUAUUCCUGCCUGUAUGCAUCACUGAUUGGAAGAUUUGA